ACGGAACGGCACAAAACCCGAAGCGCCAUCUGUCCGACAGACACUCUGUUCUGCCAGCAACGAGGAGACGCUUCGAUUUUUACGCGCAGCCGAAUCUCCGCGAACCUGACCCGCUUCAGCUUCGCUCUGCCUCUCCAGGAGGGAUCCAUCCGCAUCUGUUAGGCUCCUGAUUUUCACUCAGACUGAAGAAAGUUUUCUGUUUCUGCUGCUGCGUAAAGCGGGUAGUUGGCAGCGCUCUUCUGUCGCGCGUAAAGCGAGUCUUAUCUCUAUUUGGAGAAAAAUUAAAACCUCCUGAUUUGAUGGAGAAGAUGGAAAACUCAUCAUCAUCAUCAUCAUCAUCAUCCCUCCAGGAUCUGAACCAGACUCAGGUCCAGAAUGACGGGAUCUGGACGGACAACAGCAUCCAGUACAAAGUGCUGAGCAGCCUGCUGCUUCUCCUGAUCUGCGCGCUGGGCAUCGUUGGUAACAUCAUGGUGAUCUUGGUGGUGAGCAUCACCAAACACAUGAGGACACCGACCAACUGCUACCUGGUGAGCCUGGCUGUAGCGGACCUGAUGGUGCUGACCGCGGCCGGACUGCCCGCAAUCCCGGAGAGCAUCUUCGCCUCCUGGGUGUUCGGCAGGUCCGGCUGCCUGGUCAUCACCUACCUGCAGUACCUGGGGAUCAACGCGUCCUCCUGCUCCAUCACCGCCUUCACCAUCGAGCGCUACAUCGCCAUCUGCCACCCGAUCAAAGCGCAGUUCCUCUGCACCCUCUCCAGAGCCAAGAAGAUCAUCCUGCUGGUCUGGGCUUUCACCUCCAUCUACUGCGUCAUGUGGUUCUACCUGUCAGACACCGAGGAGAAGGUGUUCGCAAACGUCACCGUCGUCCUCUGCGGCUACAGGGUCCCCAGGAAAUUCUACCUGCCCAUCUACUUCUUUGACUUCGGCGUGUUCUUCGUGCUGCCGCUGCUGCUGUCCGCGGUGCUGUACGGGCUCAUCGCCAGGAUCCUGUUCCUCAACCCGCUUCCCUCAGACCCCAAAGACAAGAAGAAGAAAGGAGCGACCAGCAGCAACAACAACCAGGCUGCCAACAAGAGCAACAGCUGCAAAAACUCCCGACACUCCAGCUCCACCGCGACGUCGCGCAGACAGGUGACCAAGAUGCUGGCGGUGGUGGUGAUCCUCUUCGCCGUGCUCUGGAUGCCGUACCGCACCCUGGUGGUGGUCAACUCCUUCCUGGACGAGCCGUACCUGGACAACUGGUUCAUCCUGUUCUGCAAGAUCUGCAUCUACCUGAACAGCGCCAUCAACCCGGUCAUCUACAACGCCAUGUCUCAGAAGUUUCGCGCCGCUUUCCGAAAGAUCUGCCGCUGCAGGGGGAAGGGCUCGGACAAGCCGGCGGCCUACAGCGUGGCGCUCACCUACAGCGUGGUGAAGGACACCUCGCUGGUGGAGAGCACGGAUCACUACACCACAGAGCUGGAGGAGCUCACCGUCACGGACGAGCUGCUCUCAGAUCAGAAGGCCAUGUUCUCCGACACAUGUGGAUGCGGAAAAGUGAAUUUCAGUCACGAUUGAGGUUGGUCUGAGGCCAGCGAGGCGACUCGGUGAGUCUCCUGGGAAUUAAAGACCUACAGAGUGUUGUUUAAUGGACUCCCUUAAGUGGGAUCAUUGUUUCCUGAGUGCCUGGUGACCUUUUUAAAGCCGGGCUGCUGCAGGUAGAGAUGUAAACACAGAUCACAGCCGGCGAAGCGUAAUGAGAGCUUUUGAGGCUUAAAGCCAAACACGCUGUUAGCUGAGAACGAUGCCAGAUGUCGUAAAGCUUCAAAGCAGCCGACAGAUAAGCGCUUUCCCUCCGCAGCUGUUAUCAUCGUAUCUGAGACCUGCCCACGUAAGGUGUUUGAGUCAACAUGGCUGUGAGCGAAACACCUUCCCCACUGCAAACAUGUCACAGCUCCAGCCUUUAUGAUUCCUGGAACUGUUGGGGAAAUCACGCUCGCACCUUCAAAUGGGAUCAAAAUGUCACGGAGAAGCAAAAGCACAAAUCCAGCCAGGUGAGCUCGCUGAGGCCACGCCUUCUGUUUUCUGCUGCAGGAAAGCAAACGGCGGUCAUCAGACGAGAUGUUUGACAGAAAAACAAAACAACCCACCUGCUAGCACCUCCCUGACUCCUGGCGCUUUCAUGGCGGCCGUCUUAUUAGAGCAGGAGAGGAGCAGGAACCUCCUCUGAACUGCUGUGAAGGACGUGAACAUCGAUGCAAGCCGAAUUCUGGGGGUUCUAACUUCCUCUCGCUUCGAUUUCUUUCAGCAAAACUUUCCACAUCUGUUGUCUUUGUGACUUUUAAUGUAAUUUCCUGCAUUAUUUCACCUCCAAUGACCAGGAGAACAGAAAUAGCUAAAAAUGAACCCGCUGUAACAGAGUUGAUUAGCUUCAGUGCCGCAGGAGAGUCUGUUUCUACCAUGAACUCCUGAAAAAAAUUUUUUUUCCCUUCUUGAAGAUUCAGGUUAGAAUCAAUUUUCAGGAUCUUCUCUAUGUUUAACCUUCUGCUUGAUAAACAACCAUUGACAGAUAUUUCCUGGCUACAUGUGGGGGAAGUAGGGAAAUGAUGUCACCAUGAUGUCAUCUCAUCAACCUUUGAAUGAGACAAAUUUAAUCCCAAAAACACAGUUUAUAUCUGGACAAAGAUGUCAGAAAACGGGGCGAGAAUCAGCAGCAGAUCAUCAGAACUGUUUCCUAAUUCAGUUUAUUUCUAUAGCUCCAAUUCACAUCAUGUCAUCUCAGGUCACUUUAUAGAUCCAGAUCAACCAGAUCAUCC